AUGAUCACCCGUGUCUUCAGCGUGCGCGUGUGGGCCCCGGUGGGCGUCUUGACUUCGCUGGCGUAUUGCGUCCACCAGCGGCGGGUGGCCCGGGCCGAGACCCCGGGGGCGCCUGGCCAGCGUCCCGUCGACCGGAGUCUCCUGGAGUUGAAAAUGGUGCAGGUCGUGUUCCGACACGGGGCGCGGAGUCCUCUCAAGCCGCUCCCGCGGGAGCAGGCAGAGUGGAAUCUCCAGCUAUUAGAGGUCCCACCCCAAACUCAGUUUGAUUACACUGUCACCAAUCUAGCUGGUGGCCUGAAACCACAUUCUCCUUUCGACUCUCAGUACCGUAAGACCGUACUCAAGGGAGGCAUGUUUGCUGGACAGCUGACUAAUGUGGGCAUGCAGCAGAUGUUUGCCCUAGGACAGAGGCUGAGGAAGAGCUAUGUGGAGGACAUCCCCUUUCUUUCACCAACCUUCAAUCCACUGGAGGUCUUUGUUCGUUCCACUAAUAUAUAUCGGAAUCUGGAGUCUACCCGAUGUUUGCUGGCUGGGCUUUUCCAAAGUCAGAAAGAAGAGGCCUGCCGCUGUGAGCAAGACCUUCAUUUCCCGGACAGCGAUGGCAGGCCUGAGUGCAAAGCAAUCCUUCCCACCACUCACCCACCAACACAAAAGCUGUACCUCUAUGCGGCUCACGAUGUGACCCUCAUGCCUCUCUUAAUCAUCCUGGGGAUUUUUGACCACAAAUGGCCCCCGUUUGCUGUUGAUCUAACCAUGGAACUCUACCAGCACCGGGAAUCUAAGGAGUGGUUUGUGCAGCUCUAUUACCGUGGGGAGGAGCAGGUGCCAAAAGGAUGCCCUGACCAGCUCUGUCCACUGGACAAGUUCUUAAACACCCUGUCAGCUUACACCUUGAGCCCAGAAAAAUACCACACACUCUGCUCUCAAGCACAUGUGAUUGAACUUGGAGAUGGAGAGUGA